AUGCAUCUCGUCGCCGUCGCUGCAGCAAGCAUAUGCGCACGCCGUCGCCGACUAAUCGCCAGUUUCCCACCGACGCAUACUCGCCCGACGAGCUUGACGGGGCCACGCCGCGGCCACUCCCACGCAUACGGACUAUUUCCGCUCUCUCUCUCCUACACCAACGCCCCUGCCGCUUUUGCAGAUGAAGUCGACUCGUCCUCCCAGUCGCAUAUUCGCUCACGAUCACAAUCACAGUCGCAAUCGCAAUCGGCGUCUUCAGCGCGUUCGAUAAGCCCCAAGAAGGUGACCUCGUUGUGGGACGUCGGGAAUGGGAUCACGUGCACAUCCCUCGCCAACACAACAGCCAGUCGGCGCGAGCAACUGGGGCCUGUGGGGAUGGCACUCUUGGGUGCGCUGGAAGACGUAGCUGACGGACCUGUUUUCGCCGCCAGGUUGGAGGCAGAACUAGCCGAGGCUGGCAUCGAGAGAAUCCGGCCCUACCAGCUAGACGAUGCAGACAAUCGGCCUAUGGCAGAGCUGAUGGGCGAGCUGCAAACGAUACAGUCCAUCAACGCGCUCUCACAUCGCUGUGCCGAGAAUCGCGACCAUGAGAGCGAGUGGAAUAACCGCGUGCACACAAAAGUCUUGGAGCUAGCCCUGCGCAACGACGAGGCCCGUGUGGGCUUUCGCAGUGUAAUUGCUGCCAAAAUUUCGUCCGACUCUCGUCCCACGCACUCCCCUGGCCUUACUACAGGCAAAAUAGUCGACUACGCCAUGUUCCUCGAGCCCUCGCGCCCGACUCGCAACGUCGUUGCCUCUCUCAUCGCCACGUCGUCCGAGUCCAUCAAUCACGUCAGCUACGAGCCUCUGCGGACCCGACCCAUCGCCGUUUCCAUCAAGACCAACACGGAGAGCCGCACUGUCGAGGAAGCGAAGGUGCAGUUAGGCGUGUGGCUUGCAGGCCAGGAGGCUCGGAUUGAGGCACUGAUGCAGCGAUUGGCCAUACUAGAGGCAAGCGAACAUGAAGCAGAAGGGGAAGUCGGAUCGAGAUCCUGCAGGCGAGGGCGAUGGGAAAGUCGAGCGUCGCAGUCGCACACACCCAUACACAUACAGCAGCCCACCCCGACGCCCACCAUCGACGCCAUUAGCCCAGGUACCGCACUCCCCCUCUCCGACACCGUGUUUCCCCUCCUCUCCGUCCAGUCGGAAUCAUGGUCUCUCUUCUUCGGGCGCGUUUCUUCCAACACGUCGACGUCGAUGUCGGAUUUGUACGUGCGAAAGCCCGCUUCGCGCAUCCACAUCUUCCACUCCAUUCCCCUGGGCAACACGGCCAACACAGUGCAAACAUAUCGGCUAGUCAAGAGCCUUAAGGUUCUGAGAGCAUGGAUUGACGAAGAUCUCCGCUUGUGGUGGGAUAAGAUUCUUGGCAUUGACAAGGACGGUGAUUAAAUUUCACCAUACCGCGAGGACGCACUUGGCUCGUCCACCGUACGUAUCCC